AAUAGCACCUGCUUAUAAUGGGUUCAUAAUUUUCCUAUGCACUUUACAUCAUUCAUUCAAGAAUCAUCCCAUCUUAGCAACUACCACAACCACAGCCCCACGAACAAUGUAUGGUCAAGAAAUUCCAGGUUAGAACAAAGAAAUCAGCAAUGGAAAAAUGAUGGGAAAUGAAAAUUAAAAAAAAUUAAAAAAAAAAAAAAAAAAAAAAGAAGCAGCAGAGGAAAUCCUUACCUGUACAUUCAAAUCUCCCUUCUUCUGACCUCCGUUAUGAUGGCUAAAAUCCACUCCGAUCAGCUCCAACAAUUAAGGGACAUCUUCAAUCGGUUCGACAUGAACCACGACGGCAGCCUCACGCAGCUGGAGCUCGCUGCCCUCCUCCGGUCCCUCGGCCUCAAGCCAAACGGCGAUCAGAUCCAUAUCCUGUUGGCGAAUAUGGAUUCCAACGGCAACGGCGCCGUCGAAUUCGACGAACUAGUCGAAGCCAUCCUGCCGGACAUGAAUGAGGAGGUGUUGAUCAAUCAGGACCGGCUAAUGGAGUUUUUCCGCCUCUUCGAUCGCGACGGCAAUGGUUACAUAACCGCGGCGGAGCUCACCAAACAGAUGGCGAAGAUGGGGCACCCCCUGUCCUACCGCGAGCUGAGCGAGAUGAUGCAAGAGGCGGACACCAAUGGCGACGGCGUCAUCAGCUUCAGCGAAUUCGCCAACAUCUUGGGGAAAUCGGCGAUUGAUUACUUCGGCAUUUCGGUCUCCUAGGGUUUGGUCGAAUUAGGGCUGAUUUGGGGAAUUAGGGUUUGCGAAUUUGGGAUUUAUAUUGAUUACAUAUGAAUGAAUGAUGUAAUGGGCACGCACAAAAAGCUUGCAUCUUC